AUUUGGAAAUUUUGACGACUGGGUCUCCUGAAGGCAUUGACACAAAGAUUGAAAAGGAAGAAGAAGCAGCUACAGAGAUGGCAGAAGGGGUGAAAGAGGUUUUUGAACUGCUUGAAAAUUUUCCAAAGCAGGAUGAGAUUGCAGAAGAAGAGAUAAGCAACAAAGAAGAGGGUGGAGUGAGGGUGGUUAUUGUCAGAAUGAGCAGUGAUGAAAAGAUAGAGGAUGUUGGCAACCAAAGUGAAGAACAGCCACAACUUAGAGGCCAUAAUCCAGUCACUGAGACUUCUCAGAAUCUUGAGAGAAACUAUGAAAUAAGCCAGGAAGCAGAAGUUGCUCUUCCAAUUGUUGAAGAAGGGAUAAAGGAUUUGAAAGAGGUCCUAGGACUGCAUGAGGAGCUCCCAAAGAAGGAGAUUGGAGAACAAGAGAUGAAACAAGAUUAUGUGGAAGACAAAAAGGAGGAUAUCAGUAGCCGAACAGAAGUGCAACCACACUAUAAGGUGUCAGAAACUCUGUUUCUUGAGCGCAAGGAUGCCAAGAUUCUGGAGGAAGACGUUGCAACUAAAGCAUGCCCAGAGGUUGCAGGAGAGGUGAAAGAGGUGAUCAGGCUGAUUGAAGAGGUCUCAAAGAAUGAGGAGACUGCAGAAAAAGAGACAAGUAAGAUAAAUAUUGGAGGCGAAGAAGAAAUCAGAAGCAGAGUUGAGGUGCAAACUUGGACGUCCAGAGCUCUGGGACACAGCAAUGAGAAAAACCAAGGGGAAAACAUCUCAACUAAAGCAUCCCCAGAGGUUGCAGGAGAGGUGAUAGAGGUUGUCAAGGUGAUUGAAGAGGUCUCAAAUAAUGUGGAGACUGCAGAGAAAGAGACAAGCAAAAGAGAUAUUGGAGGCAAAGAAGAAAUCAGAAGCAGAGUUGAGGUGCAAACUUGGACGUCCAGAACUCUGGGACACAGCAAUGAGAAAAACCAGGAGGAAAACAUCUCAACUAAAGCAUCCCCAGAGGUUGCAGGAGAGGUGAUAGAGGUUGUCAAGGUGAUUGAAGAGGUCUCAAAUAAUGGAGAGACUGCAGAGAAAGAGACAAGCAAAGGACAUGUUGACGAUAUUAGAAGAAUUGAGGUGCAAACUUGGACAUCUAGGACUCUGGAAAAAAAUAACAGAGAGAAGAAUCAGGAAGAAGUAACAGGAACUUCAGCUUUCCCAAAAGUGGCAGAAGAGGUAAAAGAGGCCAUCAAAGGCAUUGAGGACAUCUCAAAUAAUGGGGAGUUUGCAGAAAAAGAAAAGGAGGACAAUUGCAGUCAAAUUGGGUUGAACCAACCAGGUUUAAACACCCAGAUAUCUAAAUUUCCUCAAGACGAUGAAGUGAAGUGUUUGCAUAAAGAUGCAGCAACUACAGCUUUUCCAGAGGUGAUGAAAGAGGUGAAAGAAGCUGCAAUGCUGCUUGAGGAUUCCUCAAAGGAUGUGCAAAUUGCGGAAAAAGAGAUAAGACUGAAAGACGAGGACAGAACGUCACAAAGGGAACAGGAAAUCAGUAGCCAAUCUGAAGUGCAACAAAGAGUCAAGAGUUCAGGACCUUUGACAUCUGGGCUGUUUGAAGCCAAAGAUGCAAAGACUCAAGUGGAAGAAAAAGCAACUGCAGCACUUUCACAAGUGAAAGAAGGGGGGCAGGAGGAGAGAAAGGAGGAGGGACUGGCCACACCGGUUGGGCAGGUGAAAACACUGAUGGUAUGCGACCUUGCUCCACCCUCCUGUCAGCCACAUGAGUUGGGGGAGGGGUCCGAGGCCAACCAGACCAAGGAACUGGGAACAGAAGACCACCCUAAAGAGGAUCAGCAACUCCCAGGCCAGGAGGUACAAUGUUUGGCUGACAAAGCCAUAAGCAGCCCUGAAUAUAUUCAUGCUGCCUCUGGUAACUCGAGUACAGUGGAGGAGAGGAUCACACCCUUAUUUAGAGAGGCAGAAAAGCAAGUUUCACUCCUUGCAGAAGCAAACAAGACAGUAAAAGUGAGCACAGAAACUGACAGAAGCCCAACAAGUGCAGUAACAGGUACUUCAGGAGUAGUGGAGGUUGUCACAAACAGCGCUGAGCUGCAAUCAGAUGCCACACAGAUUGAACACAAUAGGGCACCGCAGAGGAAGACUGAGUGGGCGGAUACAGUUACAGAGAAGACCGACAGAACCAGGACGGUGCAAGAACAGGUGGCAGUCGUGCUGUCAGACCUGAUCGAAGACACACAACUUCCUGAUACCAACGCUGCAGAGACGCACUUGGAGAAGAAAGAGCAACCGGCAGAACCUAAACCUGACCUGAAUGACGGGUCCCUGACAGUCUCCAGGGUACCAACAGUCACUUCAGACAUCCUAACUUCAGAGAAUCCGGCCACUGAAGUUGUUCAGGAUUCAGACGACACCAUGAAUUCAGCCUACAGCAGCCUGAGCACCACACUGUCCUUUAGGACUUCCUCGCCACCUAAAGAGGAUGAGCUCAAGUAUCGUUUCCAUAAAGUGUCUCUGAUCAGUGAUUCUGAUGGCAAAGAGAGCAGCCAGGAUGCAGCGGACUCGAUCAAAAGCAGCUCCACUGUGAUUGAAUCAAACGGAGCAGAUGUGGAAUCUGAGUACAGAUGGAAGAACAGAUUUGAGGGGGUCUCUCAAUAUAAACCAUCCACAACAGAUGAGUCUUCUUAUUCUUAUUCUCGCAGUUACACAGACUCCUACUCCAGCCCCUCCUCCUUGUCCUACACCUCCACUCUCCCUGAGGCCACAGCAUACAAACAUGUGAGCAACGCCCUCUCCUCCUCCUCCUCCUUCUACACCCCCUCUUCUGAGGAACAGAUCACCUUUAGCAGCCGGCUGAGUGACAGGAGUGAAGUUUACCUGAGCCGUGAGAGCGAGCCAGCAGGAGAGCGUACUGAUGAGUGGAGGAGAGGCUUAACAGAUCGGGAGGAGCCUGCUGCACCUGCAGGAGAGAGGGAGAGGGAGGGCGAGUCAGAGAGUUUCAAGUCAAGGUGGGAGUCACAUCAGAGCCCUGUGUCCAGGUCCCUCUCGUCUGAGGAAACCAGCUACGACAGAACAGACAGUUUCAAAGAGGAGGACGACGACUCGGCACGCUUUACUGGUGUGUUCAAGGCCACGCUGGUGGAGCUGGUCCCUGAACCUACACCACCACCCCCCACCACUCCCCCUGCCUCCCCUGACAUAGACUCCCCCAACCAGUUUGACAUGGACAACCUGGUGGACACGCUGAAGAACAUGGGACCCUCCAUGAGGCCCAGGGGCAUCGGCCCACGUCCACCCGCUCCAGUCCUCAUCUCCUCCUUGCCGCCGAUUGUGGAAGAUGCUCCCAGCCCAGUCAGCACAGAUGUCUGUGACUCUGGCAGCCUCUUGAAGAAGAUGGAAGCAGCAAGCAAGCCAGCAGAGUCUCUGAACGGACUUUACACCCUGCCUGCAGACCUGGGACUGAAGAGGAAUGCAGCCAGAGACACUCGUCCUCCGCUGGAGCUGAUGAAGCAAGGCCAGCAGGAGCAGCUUUUGAACUCGCCACUGAGAGCGUCUGCCACCAACAGUAUUGUGAUGAGAAGAUCAUCUGACUCUUCUCCUGAGGACUUACAGUCCCCACUGCUUAAUGGAAACACAGGACACUCAGGCACAACCUCCCGUCUCGACAGCAGUGUGAUCUUUGGAAGCUACAGGUCAGGAUCCAUCGAUCAGAAGCAGGAGAACCGACAGGCCCACCGGCCACUCUUCCGCACCAGCUCGCUACCUGAAACGGGGCUUUCAAACGACCGUGUGGCAUCAAAAGACUUUAGCAAUCUGAGCACUGGGAGCAGUGGAGCAGACCAGACUGGGUCCCGCUUUGAACGCUUCUCCUUCCUUUUAAACUCCACCCCCUCGUCAUCGGGCUCCUUGACUGGGGCGGAAGACCCCAACAUGCGUAUGAGUCAGCCUCCAUCAAUGGGCAUCAAUUCGCCGACCUCCAGCAAAAGCAGCAGCCCCAGCCGUAUCCUCAGCCCCACCGGCUCCAUAGACCUUCAACGGUCGUUUAACAUGGAUCCCCCCUUAUCCAUGUUUGGCCAGAACCAGGGGAUAGGGAUGGGGAUGGGGAUGGGUGUGGGUACAAGUCCACUUCUGCAGAGGAGCUUCAGUAAUGAGGGCACCACAGGGGUCCAACAGACUUCAUUGUUCAGCAGCGGGUAUGGAGGGUCUCAGUUCCAGAGCCAAGAACAGGAGAAGAAUUUAGUACCGAAGUACAGAGCCUUCCCAGAUGCCUAUCUCACCAAAGAGAAGGAACACGGGAAGCUCAAUCCUCGUCCUGGAAAGAUGUAUGUCUUUGACCGUCCAGGGUGGUGUGGCCAGAGGGUCGAGCUGCGCGGUGAUGUCAUGGAUGCUACAUCCUGGGAACUGCAGGAGACCAUCUCCAUCAGGGUCGUGAGAGGAGGAUGGGUGCUGUAUGAGAAGCCAAACUUCAAAGGAGAGAAGAUCGCUCUGGACGAGGGAGACAUCGAGCUCACGUACCCCUUCGGCCCUCCAGAGGAGCAGCUGCAAAACGGGCAGCAGGAGGGCCAGAAACAGAAUGGAGAGGAGAACGGAGAAACGAGUGAUGUGCAGACAGAGAACAAACCUGCCAGGAGGUUCAUCAUCGGAUCUCUGAGAAGAGCUGUCAGGGACUACAGCGUCCCAGAGAUCAGCCUGUUCCCUGAGGAGAACGCUGAGGGGAAGAAGGUCAUCUUCAGAGACACGUCUGAUGAUGCCAGGAUCUACGGACUACCUAUAAAGGCCAACUCCAUCAUCAUCAACGCUGGGCUCUGGCUUGUGUACGCUCACCCGUUCUUCCAGGGUGUACCCCGCAUCCUUGAGGUGGGAGGAUAUACUAAUCCUGCUGCGUGGGGGGUGGAGAAACCUUAUGUGGGAUCUCUACAUCCACUCAAAGUAGGGGAACCAAGAGUGGAAAAUCUGAGCGAACCAAAGAUUGUGAUCUAUGAGAAGCCGUACUUCACAGGGAAGUCGAGGACCAUCACAACCAACAUGAGAGACUUCAUGACCAGAGUGGACCGACAGCAGACGGCCUUCAUGUACAGCGUCGCCUCUAUGAAAGUGCUGGGAGGAAUCUGGGUGGGCUAUGAGAAGGAGGGCUUCAGAGGACACCAGUACCUGCUGGAGGAGGGCGAGUACCAGGACUGGAGGGUGUGGGGAGGCUGUGAUGCAGAGUUGAGGUCUGUUCGGGUGAUACGAGCGGACUUUACAGAACCUUCAAUGAUCAUGUUUGAGCAGCCAGAAGAAGACCAGGAGGGCAUGCAGGAGGAGAACACGUUUGAGGUGACUGAGGCCAUUCCUGACGUGGAGCUCUUCGAAUAUAAAACCUCCACACGCUCCAUCCACGUUCUCAGCGGGGCAUGGGUAGGUUACUCCCAUGUAGACUUCUCUGGGAACCAGUACAUCUUAGAGAAAGGUUUCUACAACAACUGUGCAGACUGGGGCUCUCAGGACAACAGAAUCUGCUCGGUGCAGCCAAUCCUGCUGGCUCCAAGUGACGGCAACAGAGACAGAAAUGAGGUCAUUCUGUACUCAGAGCCAGGCUUCCAGGGUGAGUGUCACGUCUUCCAUCAAAACCAGGAAACACUGCCAGACAGAUUUUUUGCCAAGUCCUGCCGAGUGUCAGGAGGAAGCUGGGUGUUCUACGAUGAUAAAAAGUUUUCUGGGAACUUGUACGUCCUCUCUGAAGGGGACUACCCCAGUUUAGCCAGCAUGGGAUGUCCAUCAGACAGCAAGCUCCGAUCUGUGAAAGCCGUGCCCAUGUCGUUCUCGAUUCCCUCCAUCUCUUUGUUUGGCCUGGAGUGUCUGGAGGGCAGAGAGAUCACCAUGGACACAGAGAUCAUCAGCUUGGUGGAGGAGGGCUUCAACAACCACAUCCUGUCUGUCAGAGUCAACAGUGGCUGUUGGGUGAUUUGUGAACACAGCAACUACAGGGGGCGCCAGUUCCUAUUGGAACCAAUCGAAAUCACCUACUGGCCCAAGUUCAGCUCCCUCCAGACUAUCGGCUCCAUGUACCCAGUCAGACAGAAGCACCAACUUUUCCGCAUCAAAAACAAAGAGAGGGAUCACUUCCUGUCCAUCCAGGGCGGCGUGGAGGAGAUGAAGUCAGGACGAGUGGUGGUGACUCCAGAAGUAGAAGGUCUGAGUGACGUCUGGUUCUAUCAGGACGGCCUCAUCAAGAGCAAGGUGUCCCCGACCAUGAGUCUUCAGGUAGUGGGUAACGUCGAGCCCGCAGCAAAGGUUAGUCUGUGGUCGGAGACCCGGCAGCCCAUCCAGACGUGGACAUUUAAGAUGACAGGCCUCAUCACCAGCCUGACUUCCCCGGGGAUGGUGCUGGAUGUCAAAGGUGGCAAAGCGUACGAUAAGGACCAUGUGGUAAUAAUGACAGAGAGUGAAGAGAGACCAAGCCAACAGUGGGAGAUAGAGCUGCUUUAAAAUAGACCCUCAGCAGUUCAACAACAGUUUCUUCUCUUCGCUCCCUAAAUACCCGGGAAAUUAACACUUUCGCUGCCUUGUGUUGUAAAUUAUUUUGGUACCUUGACAAAGUUCUGUGAUUUUUUUUUUUUUUGAUUCCAUUUUCUCCAUGUGGGAUGUUUUUUUUCUUUUGAAAGGACUAAAAAAAAAAGCUCUGGGUGCUUUGACCUGCUGCAGCAACUCAGACCAUCCCAAAAGAAAGCAAGAGUAAAAGAGCCAUUCAUCUUCGGGGAUUGAGGCUUUAUCAUUGACUUUAUCCAACAUUGUCAUUUCUCAUUAUUUGGGUGUUGAAAGUACAGGGACUGUGUUGGCUUGAUUCCCUGCUCAUGUAAAUCUUCUGAUUGUAGAAUCUCUCAGUCAUAAAUGCAUUCCUGUUUUUUUUUUUUUUUUUCACACUGCAGCAAAUGAAAGUUCUCAUUCCCUCUAGGCAUUGAUGCUUUAUACAGAUAGAGGAGGAAUGAAGCCAAAGGAAAGUUUUGUGUGCAAAACAUCUAUAUUUUAAAUGUAUUUUUUGUAUGUACUGUUUGUGGGAAAUUUUGCAAUAAUGAAAUGGGUUGUGUAUCCUGUUACUGUUCCUUGUAUUUUGUUAUAAGUGAUGUUAAACAGAAAUGUAUGUUGCCUGUUAAUAUUUGAUA